CAGGAACUCGAUUGUUAUAAAAAGGCCCCAGAAAGCUAGCUCCCUUGCCCUUCACCACGAGGACACCUCUGUGUCAUCGCUGAACCAGGAAGUGGGCUGCACCAGACGUGGAGUCUGCCGGCACCUGUGCUGGGACAUCCAGCUCCAGAACUGUAAGGAAUAAGUUUCUAUGGCAUUUCUGUUACAGCGGCCAUAGAGACUAAGACGCCGCCUCUCCCUCUGCCUGUCCCACAUCCUGUCCCUUCAGACUGUUCUUUUCCAUUUGCUCCUUCGGCUCUUGCAGAGAUGUGGGGUGUGGGCAGGACCCUCCAGGCCACUCUGGCAGAGGGACUACUCCCUGAGGGUCCCUUCAGAAGCUCAUCUCCAGGCCUGUGUCUUGGGGCCUCUCCCCAGGCCACCAAUCACUUCACUGCUGAAUGCCACCUGGCUCUCCUGGCUGGGGGACCGACAGGAUUCUAGCUUCAGCAUCCUGUCUCGUCUGGCUUCCAGCACUGGUUCCUGGGCACUUCACUGUGUGAAGGGCUGUUUUGUCCCGUAUUGGAACAAUUAUAUACUGAGGGCAGACUAUUUCAGAUGCCGAUUGGGAAAAGUUCUACUGAUUUAAAAGAAUUUUUUCAAAAAUGGUGGGGAGGGUUAGGCAAGUUUUUUAAGUUAGUUUGGCAAUAUGCAAUAAAAUCACUAAAAAGGAUUCUCCCCUUGACACAAUAAUUGCACUGUUAUAUAGUUAGCACUUACUUUGACUAUCGAUUAUAAUGGUGAAAAAUGAAAACUAUUUGUCCAAUAAUAGUGUAAUGGGUAAAUCUGUGAUGUGACCUACCAUCCAGCCAUUGACUGUUUUUGAAGAAUAUUAAACAGCUUUGAAAAAUGUGUCUAAUAUUCAGUAAGAAAAGCAUUGUGCUUAAUGGUAUGAUUAUUUACAAAUACUGAAUAUUGGUUGGUUAAAAGUGGUUUUACCGUAUGUGAUGGGAAAAAGGUUGUUUUUAUACAUUUUCCUUUUAAAUAUUUUUCAAAGUUUCAAAAAAAAUCAAUGUAUAUUAGUAUUGUCAGGAAAAAAAAAUACUGUAGUUGUUCUAAAAUGAUGUGAUUUCAUCACCAGGAACGUGUUCCCGGAGCAGGCAGGGACUCUGGUGGUCCUCACCCGCUCAGCCAGGAGCAGCAGAGCUGCGAGAACACCAGCGCCUGCCCCAACCCCAGUUCUGAGGUUCCCAGGAGGGUGGCCCUACCGAGAACAAGAGAUGAGCCUCCCCAGAGCCAGGCGGGGCGACCAGCUGCUGUUCCUGGGCAUCAUGGUCCUCGUGGUCCUGGCCGUUUUCCUGCUGUUCUACGCGCUCCUCUGGAAGGCGGGUGACCUCAUCAACCUGCCCAACCUGAGAAUCGGCUUCUACAACUUCUGCCUGUGGAACGAGAGCGCGGGCCGCCUGCAGUGCCAGCAGUUCCCUGAGCUGGAGGCCCUGGGGCUGCCUCAGGGCGCCCUGGCCCUGGCCCGGCUCGGCGUGUACGGGGCCCUGGUGCUCACCCUCUUUGUCCCCCUGCCGCUGCUCCUGGCCCGCUGCAACAGGAGCGAGGGCGAGUGGCAUCUGGCCGUGUGCUUCCUGGCCAUGGCCUCCAUGCUGCUGGCCGGGGGCCUGGGCCUCUUCCUCACCUACACCUGGAAGUGGGUCACGCCCUCCCUCCUGGGGCCUGGAUUCCUAGCUCUGGCCGCUGCCCAGGCCUUGCUCGUCCUCUUGCUGAUGGCCACAGUCAUGUUCCCCCAAAGGGCAGACGACAAGAGCAAGCUGGAGAGCUGCUAGCCCUGUCCAGAGGCUCAGACAGGCGCCAGAGGCCUCGUGGGCUGUUUUCGCAGCCACCCUGCUUCAUAGCUAAUACUGAUUUCAAGCUUGAGCAGAUGGGCCCCACUGAGGAAGGGGCACCCGGCAUAAAGGAGGCCGGGGCUGUGAGGGUGACUGGGCCCUGGGAGUACGGGAGCACAGCAUGCCGAAUCCUGAGGGGGCAGGGAGGGUGAACAGGACUGAAUGGUUCCACAAACGCUGCGUCCCUUCACUGCUCAAGCUAAACCUAGAAAGGAUACAAGCACCACUUGUGCAGGGGGAAUUGUACUUUUCAGCACUGUAUAUUGAAAAACUGUAUAACAAUGGUUGCCUCACUCUGCCUGCCAAAAGCCACCCUGACUACAGAGGCAAUGUGGACUCGGCCCUGACCUCUUGUCCUUAGUGUCCACUUUGGGAGCCCGUCCCACUCGCACUUUCAGAGUGGCCGGGGAUCAAGGCCAAGGCCGCCAAGUGGAAGGGGGCAGCUCAGGAGAGGAGGCCUCUCUGAUGGGUAGAAGGCUUGGACCAAAGGUACCCUGGGAGCACUAAGCUCCCAGACAGAGCACUGCAGGCAAAAUAUCUUCAGGGCUAACAGGGCGGCGGCUCAGGGAUUGCCUGGCUGCCUGUGAGGGAAACUGUAAAUUCGGCUUCCUCCUCUCGCAGAGAGGGUGCUGCCUAAACUGGACAAUUCUGGUGUAUUUAGCAGCCAUACUUUUUUCUGUUUGAAAGUUAUUAAAUUGAUACCUUGGUGCCAA